GGCCAACUUCUCCCGAACCCACGUGGGUUGACUCGCGCAGGCGCAGAGAGGAGCCGAACGGGACGUCGGGAACAGGUCUGGGCCGCGGAAGUCGGGCGUGCUUGUGGGUCCGUGCAGGCAGAAAGCCAUGUCUCUGCUAGCGUCCAUCGUCAGCAGCAACUGCCAAGAACUGUGAAGAACCUGAAAUUUUAUCCUAGUUGAAAGCCGACAGUCAGCCCGGUUUGCUGGACGCCGGCAGAAGACAUGGAGCCUGUGCCAACUGGUUUAUAGUGCUUCAGCUCAGAAUUUUGCCACGAGGAGGGGAGCCGGCUUGGAAGAAGAACAGCUGGGCCUUCAGGGAAGCUGGCAUGCAGCUUGGCUUGGCUUUCCCUGACCAUUCCCUGCUGAAUUUCCACCUUUGCUGGUUGUGCUUCUGGAGCCUGGGUCGGAAAAAACAGCUCCAACCUAUCCUGUAAGGACCCGGGAAUUCUGGUCCAGGGGGGAGGCUGCUGGGCUGCGUCCAUUCUUGGCUCUGAAUGAUGUGCUGGUUACCUGUUAGGGACCUGGGAGCUCCAGGAAUUUCUCCGCAUGGCUUCCAGAGAAGUGACCAUUACAGUACGCCUCAUUCGUUCUUUUGAGCAUCGCAAUUUCAAACCUAUAGUGUAUCAUGGAGUUAAUUUGGACCAAACUACAAAGGAAUUUAUAGUAUUUCUAAAGCAAGAUAUUCCUUUGAGGACCAGCCUGCCACCACCAUUCAGAAAUUAUAAAUACGAUAAACUAAAGAUUGUUCAUCAAGCACAUAAAUCAAAGACAAAUGAGCUUGUGUUGAGUUUGGAAGAUGAUGACAGACUCAUGCUGAAGGAAGACAGCACGCUGCGAGCCGCUGGAAUCGCUCAUGAAACUGAAAUUGCAUUCUUCUGUGAAGAAGAUUAUAAGAACUACAAAGCUAAUCCCAUUUCAUCCUGGUGAAAACCCAUUGGGGGCUCCCUUUUUGCAUACCUGUCUUAAGCUCUUUAUCCCACUAGUGAGUUUUUUUUUUGAAAUUGAUAAAUAAACCUAAAAAAUUAAUCGUAGGCUCUGCGAUUUUUGCUGAAGUCUGUGGUGUUUUCUGUCCCUGCAGGUCUGUACUUUUUCUUUUUUUCUUGUUGUAAAAUAAUGUAUUUAUUUAUGAGAAAAAAAACAUACGAUUUUUUUUUUUUUAAGUGAAAGAAAUGGUUAUCCAAAAAUCAUCAUGGACGAUUGGUUCUCUAGUCAUAACUUAUUUUUCUGAAAUUAGGGGUUAUUUGGGUGGCUUGCAUGUUGGGUUCCUUAAAAAGAUUGGAAGAUGGGGCGCCUGGGUGGCUCAGUCGGUUAAGCGUCCAACUUGAGAUUCUCUCCCUGCCUCUCUCUCUCUCUCUCUCUGCAUCUCCCCUACACGUGCUCUCUUGCAUGUGUCCACCCUCUCUGUCUCUCAAAUAAUAAAUUUCAAAAAUAAUUUUUUUAAUAAAAAAAGAAUAUAAGACUAAGGUCAUUCUGUUCAUUUUGUGUUCUUCCCAUGGUUUCCAUUAGAGCCAUUGUGGACCGUUACCAUCUUUGGUUAGCAGAGAUUAUGAGUCUCUCAUGACCACCAGUGGCAUCUUUUUGGCCACAGUGAGAGGUUUUCUGAUGUAAGAGUGUUUCUUUUCUUUUCAUAUUUCAGCC